UCCUAAAUGUUACACACUGGAGCUUUAAGGUAAACAUAUUUCUUUAUAUAUUUUAAUAUACAUGUUACAUAGAUAGAGGUUUUCCAUUAAAAUAUGAAUCUGAUUAAUCUUUUGGUGAAUAUCUGGCUCUCAGUUUACACAUCAGUGCUACUUGCAUACAGAAACAUCAGUUUGGUUUCUACAAUAUGAUACAGAGAAUGGGCUAGAGACAGAAAUAUAGGUUUUUGUACAUGCUGCUGAAGAAAACUAUGCCAUGGUUGGACAGUAAUCAUUACACAGAACAAAUAAAAGGCAGAGAUAGAAAAUCAACAAAGCCAAAGUUCAGUUGUUCUGAUCAAUCUUAUAAAAGGGACGUCCCCCCCCUUCAUCCAGUCUGUGCUUCGUCGGACAGGUUCACAAUGAUGCACGCAGCCCUGAGUAUCUGGAUCUUGUCAGCAGUGAUCUGCGUGGGGAGAGGCCAUCACCACAUAGGUCAUACCACCGUCGAAGAUCCGGCAGUACAAGACACUGCACUCAGCUCCAACAGCAUCUCACGGGUGACUGCAGCAAACAAAGAGUUCUCCUACCGUCUGUACAGGAAGCUGGCAGCUCAUGCUGGCUCACAAGGCAAGAAUAUCUUCUACUCCCCAGUUAGCGUGUCUGUUGCCUUGGCUGCCUUGUCCGUAGGAGCUCGGGGGGACACCCACCGGCAGCUCCACAGUGGUCUGGGUUUCAACAACACCCUCCUGACGCAGGCAGAUGUAGAUCAGGCCUUCAAGGUGCUCCUCGAUCAGGCUAACGCCACAUCUCGUGAAGACAUCAGUGCAGGGACCGCCGUCUUCGUGGACAACAGCUUCAAGCCGCGGCCCGAGUUCCUGGAGACCUUGAAGCAGUUCUACCUUGCAGAUGGGUUCAAUGUUGAUUUCACCAAAACCACGGAAAGCGCCAACACCAUCAAUAAUUAUGUGGGGGAGAAGACCAACGGGAAGAUAGCCGAGCUGGUCAGCAACCUGGAUCCAAACACGGUCAUGUAUCUCAUCAGCUACAUCUACUUCAAAGGAAAGUGGGCGACUCCAUUUGAUCCUGAGCUCACCAAACCGGACAUGUUCGUGGUGGACGAGAACACCAGGGUUCCAGUGCAGAUGAUGAAUAAGGAGGGACGCUUCGAUACAUAUUACGACCAGGCCAUUAACACAUCAGUCCUCCACCUUCCCUUCAACAGCACCUACUCCAUGCUGCUGCUGCUGCCUGACGAUAUGGCAACACUGGAGAACGCCAUCUGCCCAGGUCAUGUCACCAAAUGGCUGAAGUGGAUGAAGCCCAGGACAUAUGAUGUAUAUGUUCCAAAGUUCUCCAUCAAGAGUUCCUACAAACUGAACAACGUGUUGACUGAAAUGGGAAUGACAGACAUUUUUAGUGAUAAUGCAGACUUGAGCGGCAUUGCAGAGGGGCAAAAGCUGGUAGUCUCAGAGGUUGUGCACCAAGCUACCCUGGAUGUGGAUGAGGCCGGAGCCACCGCUGCAGCCGCCACAGGCAUCGGCAUCACACUUAUGUCCUUCCGCCACAUCCCAGUCUUGAAGUUCGAUCGUCCAUUUAUGGUCGUCAUCGCUGUCCGCAACACAGAAAACGUCCUAUUCAUGGGCAAGAUUAUCAACCCAAACAUCUGAUGGAAUAAACACUGUGUUUACACAAGCACAGCUGUUGCAUCACUUAUAAAAUACUAAGAAAAACAUUUGUCCUGUGGUCUCUUGCUUUAUGAAUGAGUGUGUAGCAAAAAUGUUUUAGAGAGUUUUUAUAAUUAUUGGUUUUUGAAGGUAAAAUAGUUCAGGCAUAAAUAUUAUCAACAUCUAUAACAGAGAUCAUCUUUUAUAGCAAAUACAAUAAAUUCAAGGACUGUGGAGCAUU